CUUCGAAGAUAAUCCCAAAGACUGGCCAGUCGAUGCGUCCUCACACGCAGGACCUUGCUCUCUACAAGAAACCGCAGACCACCAUCAAUAAUCACACAGUAUGCCGGUCAAUGAGCGAACGUUGCUCCCGUUCUCCGGUUGCUCGGCGCUGAAUCACAGCGUUCCGCGCGCCUCAUCUCCAAACAACUCGGCCUUCAAUCCUUUCUCGUUUAGCAUGUUAGAUCCGGCUCUGCAAGCAGCUAUCUCCGAGAUAUCACCAUUUUCCGCCACAAAUCCAAACGUUUCCGGUUUCGUAGCGUCCGAGAAAUUUAUGCUCGAGCUCUCGGAAGUACCAAUAUUUACCCAUACCGAGCUCAUGUGGAUUGAAGCACCAAAUGAAAUGGCCACUAUGUCCACCGAUGAUGUUGAGCACUGUCCAGAGCUUCUCACCUGUCUGGAUUCGGACUCGUCCUCUCCGCAGCAGCUCCUCGACGUCUGUUUCUCCGAGACCGCGGAUUCAUCAUCCUCAUCCUCAACAAUAUCUUCCUACCUCUUUGAACAGCAGCAACAGCCAACGAUCCUCGACGCAGAGGACUACAACGACGACGAAAUACCUUUCCCGGAAGCUGAGACCGAGACAGACCUCGAAGUCCCCGAAGAUCUCCACCAAAUGGGCCGCCGCGCCAGCGGUGAUGGCGUCGACGGCGACGGCUGGAUUUGCCGCUGGGAGUCCUGCAAGCAGAAGAGUGUCUUUCACGCGCCUGUGAUCUCCGGAAGCAUUUCGCCACGCACCAAAAGACGCAUGCAUGCGCGCAAGCCGACUGUGCCAUGGUCUUUGCUUCGGCCAAGGAUCUCCGACGGCAUAGCGCAUCGCAUAUGCCGCAGAUAGCCUGCGCCGCGGCGGGAUGCCCUCGUGUGAUUUCGAGAGCGGAUAAUAUGAAUGAUCAUUACAGACGAGUUCAUCGAUAUAAUAGGGUGCGGUGCACCGGCAUUGCAUUCCGAAAACCAAGGUGAAAAACAAACACCGCGGCGUUGUGGUUUUGCUUUCCGGCAAAAGUGGGCUCCUUUGAAGACUACUCUCUAUCAAGCGAAGAAGAACAGUGCGUCGUUGUCCAUGGGAUGGCUUUUUGAUUUCGCAUUGUUUCC